GCAGUCGUACAAAACCUUUCUUCCUUCUGUGGAGGUCCAAGUCUAACCCUAGCCAGCCGUCAGCCCCCUUCUCACCAAGCGGCGAAUACUCUCGGCGUUGGCGUCGGCAGCCCGCGAUCGUCGCUCGCUGCGGCAGGGCCUUGCGGUGGGCCCCGACGAAGGUUUGGGAAUUAUUGAGGUCUGGGCAGGGAGUAUACAAUACAGUAUGGCUGGGGAUAACGCAGAUGCGGCAACCAAGGAGAUGGAGGCAUUGAAAGUUGGGCAGGAUCAAGGGACCAAAGAGAAUUUGAAUAAGGCUGUUAGUGUAGAAUCGGAUAGCAAUGGUGGGGCUCCUGGAGCUCAGUCCUCAGUACCAGAGGAUGAUGAUGAAUUGCAAGUGGAUGGCCCAUCUCAAGACGGAGGAGCAGCGGCUGCAAAGAAGAAAAAGAAGAAAAGCAAGGCCAAAAAGAAGAAAGACCCCCUUCAGCAGACAGAUCCUCCGUCAAUCCCUGUUGAUGAGCUUUUCCCUUCAGGAGAUUUUCCUGAGGGUGAAAUCCAGCAAUACAAGGAUGAUAACUUAUGGAGAACAACUAGUGAAGAAAAGAGAGAACUGGAACGGCUACAAAAGCCGAUGUACAAUUCUGUUCGCCGAGCGGCAGAAGUUCAUAGACAGGUGCGGAAAUACAUGAGGAGCAUCGUGAAGCCUGGUAUGUUAAUGAUUGAACUAUGCGAAACUUUGGAAAACAUGGUUCGGAAGCUUAUCAAGGAAAAUGGACUGCAAGCUGGUAUUGCCUUUCCAACAGGAUGCUCCUUGAAUUGGGUUGCAGCUCACUGGACUCCAAAUUCUGGUGAUAAAACUGUACUGCAAUAUGAUGAUGUGAUGAAGCUGGAUUUUGGGACACAUAUAGAUGGGCUCAUAGUUGAUUGUGCAUUUACUGUUGCAUUCAAUCCCAUGUAUGAUCCAUUGCUUCAGGCAACGAGAGAUGCCACAAAUACUGGAAUCAAGGAAGCUGGAGUAGAUGCACGGCUUUGUGAUGUCGGUGCUGCAAUCCAAGAAGUCAUGGAGUCAUAUGAGGUUGAAAUUAAUGGGAAAGUUUUCCAAGUAAAAAGUGUGCGAAACCUCAAUGGACACAGCAUUGGACCAUACCAAAUCCAUGCUGGAAAAUCGGUUCCAAUUGUAAAAGGUGGAGAGCAAACAAAAAUGGAGGAGGGUGAAUUUUAUGCCAUUGAAACUUUUGGAUCUACAGGGAAGGGUUUUGUCAGGGAAGACAUGGAAUGCAGUCACUACAUGAAGAACUUUGAUGUUGGGCAUGUACCAUUGAGGGUAGCGAAAGCCAAGCAACUACUUGGGACAAUCAACAACAACUUUGGAACGCUUGCUUUUUGCCGCCGGUACUUGGACCGGAUUGGUGAGACCAAGUAUCUCAUGGCACUGAAAAAUCUAUGUGAUGUUGGCAUUGUCCAGCCCUACCCUCCGUUAUGUGAUGUGAGGGGAAGUUAUGUAUCUCAAUUCGAGCAUACCAUCUUACUCCGGCCGACCUGUAAAGAAGUCAUAUCGAGAGGUGAUGACUACUGAUGGGUGCUGCAGAUUCUGCUCUCUGUACCGGUUGCCUGCGCAAUUAGUGUGCACCAUCCUGGGCAACCUGUGUUCUUUAUGGAUUAAAUGACACAUCAAGAUCAGACAAAUAAUGUUGCAGCAUGUUUACACUUUCUUGUUUUCUCAGUUGAAAUUGUGGAACUGGUUUGUAAGAAUUGCUACCUUGUUGUAUUUUGCUGUAUUCCUCUAUAAAAGAUGAGUCUACCAUUCAAACAGUACAAA